ACCUGAUAGCCUCUUCCAACUUGAAUCUGCCUCAAACCUGCUCUAAAUUCUCCUCUCCUGAUUAUUUCUUCACAUCGAUAUGUCCUCCUCAACUCUAGGUGUCGCAUUGGUGACGGGCGCUGCUCGUGGGAUCGGCCGUGAGAUCGCGCUGCGGCUUGCGGCGGAUGGCUUCGACGUGGCAGUGAACGACCUCAACGCGUCCAGCGCGAAGGAUAUCGAGGAGGUCAAGAAAGAGAUCGAGGCGAAAGGCCGGCGAUCGCAUAUCGUGUACGCCGACGUUUCGAACGAGCCGGAGGUCGAGGCGAUGGUGAAAAGCGUCGUGGAUACCCUUGGGAGCUUGGAUGUCCUGGUCGCCAAUGCUGGUAUCACCUACGUCAAAUCACUCCUCGAGACGACGGUCGAGGACUUCGACCGUGUUAUGCGUAUCAAUGCCCGGAGCGUGUUCCUGUGCUACAAGCACGGUGCAAAGCAAAUGAUCGCGCAAGGUCGUGGCGGCCGUCUGAUUGGUGCUUCUUCCGGUGCUGGAAAGAAAGCCAUGCCAUUGGUCGAUGUCUACUCAGCCAGCAAAUUCGCGGUCCGUGGCUUGACGCAGAGCGCAGCUGCCGAACUUGGAAGAUUCGGAAUCACCGUCAAUGCAUACGCCCCAGGAGCCAUCAUGACCCCAAUGCUGAAAGCGACGGCGGAAGACAUGAACUCUGUGCGUGAGAGGUUGACAGGACAGUCUGCGGAUACCCUUAACGAUAUGGGCACCGCGCCUCCUGUCGCGCGCCUCGGCACGCCAACAGACGUCGCCCACCUCGUCUCUUACCUGGCCUCAAAAGGCGCCAGCUUCGUCCACGGCCAAACUAUCCUCGUCGAUGGAGGCUUGAACUUCGAUUGAUUGAAUUUUUUGCGAAGCUUAUCUGUCUGUGGAACAGGACAUCAUGGGGCAUGUGUGGAGUUGUAUUGUAGAAUUGUCACAUCUCUUCUAUUUCAUCGAUCUUGGACGUUGGACGCUAUCUCC